AUGAAGGUCACUGCUAUCCUCUUCACUCUUAUGGCUGCCACUGCCGUCAGUGCUUCAGUCUUGGAUAAGCGAGACACCUGCGGAGCCGGCUAUGAUCCCGCCCAAAGACGCACAAACAGCCCUUGUCAGGCAUCGAACGGAGACAGACACUUUUGCGGUUGCGACAGGACCGGUAUCAUUAUGUUUGCUAAUAUAUACUUCCGUGAUAAGGUCGAGUGUAAGGGCGGAAAGUGGACAGAGAUUCAAGACUGUGGCAGGAACUCAUGCCACGGCGGCACCGAGGGUGGAGCCAAGUGCUAG